AAUCUAGAGUAAUGUGAAUAAAGCAGUGCAAGGCGCCCAUUCAAUUUAAAAUUUGUUUACUUGAGUUGUUUCUUUGUCAGCUGCCAGUGAUAAGAGGUAAAUAUAAGUAUCAUUUGGAUGGCAUUUUCCCAAUCGCUGGACAUUGGCCACAGCACUUUGCUUAAUCUAGAUAGCCAAGCGCGACAUGCCAUUGAUAACGAAUUCGUGCCACAAGCAGACCAAGAUGCUAUCGAAGUGAUACAGGAAUCGCCUGAUCACGGGCAGCGUUCUAAAAUAUGUGGACAUGGAAAUGGUAUGUCCAUAUUCGGCAGAUCACGCACUCAACGACAGUUGUCCCGAUUUAAUGGCAGUAAUGCCUCUUCCAUCAAAAUUCCCGUGGACGUAGAGGAAAAAAAGCGAAGACGCCUGCGUAAAAGUAAAUCGGAUUCCACUCUACCCAAAGAGGGAUUAUUAAAUGGAAUGUUAAAAUCUGAAAACUACACGGAUUUGUUUCACAGCGGUUUUACCUUUUCAAUAGAAGAUCAACAAAAGAGCAAUUUUGGUGGAGAUGGUUCAGAUUUGCGUGUAUCGCAAAUAGAAGCAGCAUUUCAGAUGAUAACAGAAGAAAAAGUACAUAACACAGCUAAUGAUAAUGAUAGUUAUGUCGAAGUUGGCAAUGGACGCCCUGAUGAUUUAGAUGUUGCAGUUUUCUCCGAGGACUUCAAAGAAAUUAUAGAUAAUAUGCAUAGCUUACAGGAUAAAGAAGUUGGGAAGAAUAACUCAGAAGCUAUAACUGAAACUGCCAAUUGUAAGAUAAACGUGGCUGAGAAACAUAAAGCUGAAGAAGAGGAAUUAUAUGGAGAACAAUUUGAUCAAAGUCGAUUCAUUUGUAGUGCAUCACUGAAUUCUGAAGCAAAACAACAAAUAGAAAAAGAACUUCAAAUUAGUCGAACAGAAGCAGUGAACGUUGAGGAAGUUUUAAAGACAAUCCCACUUAAAAAUGAUCACAAUGCCUCCCACGCUACGAAAAAUCGUAGACUCUCAUUCAGUGUAAAGUCUCCAAUUAAAAAGUUAAACGAAAAUAAAGAUUGCGACUUAGAAUCACUAAAGCGAAUUAACGCCUGGAAUCUGCCACAUAGUGUAUUGCAGGAAUACGAAAAGAAAGGUGUCGUUAAAAUGUUUGAUUGGCAAAUACAAUGCCUCAGCAAUCCGAAGGUUAUUUUCGAGCAUUGCAAUCUCGUCUACUCGGCACCCACUUCAGCUGGUAAAUCAUUGGUUAGUGAGAUUUUGCUAUUGAAAACUGUGUUGGAGCGUAACAAGAAGGUUCUAUUUAUACUGCCUUUCGUUUCUGUAGUUCGAGAAAAGAUGUUUUAUUUACAAGACUUGUUAACCGUAGCUGGUUAUCGUGUUGAGGGCUUCUAUGGAGGUUACACGCCUCCUGGUGGUUUCGACAGUAUACACGUCGCCAUUUGUACCAUAGAGAAGGCCAACUCGAUAAUAAACAAAUUACUAGAGCAAGGUAAACUCGCAGACAUUGGCACUUUGGUGGUCGAUGAAGUGCAUUUAAUCUCAGAUCCCGGUCGUGGGUACAUACUCGAACUUCUAAUUGCCAAAGUGUUAUACAUGUCACGCAAGUACGGCUUACAAAUGCAAAUUGUUACCAUGUCUGCGACAUUAGCCAAUGUUGAACUGCUUAAACGCUGGCUGGAUGCUGAACUUUUUAUUACCGACUUUCGACCAGUGGCACUGCAGGAGAUGAUUAAAAUUGGUAACACGAUAUACGAUAGUAAAAUGCGUCCCUUGCGUGAUGUUACUCAACCCUUACAAGGUGAAAAAUAUCCUUUUCCUGCAAUACAGAAUGACAAUGAUCAUGUAGCGCAGCUAUGUAUUGAAACAUUACUAGAAGGUUGCUCGGUGAUUGUGUUUUGCCCCUCCAAGGAUUGGUGUGAAAAUUUAGCUACCCAGUUGUCAAACGGCAUAAAAACAGUAAUGCUAAAAGAGGACUAUUGGGGUAAGCGUUUACGUGCCCAAAUAAAAAGUGAAGCUAUUGAGGAAGUGAAAAAGCAGCUGCGAGACAUACCCACAGGUCUCGACGCGGUGCUCGAAAAAAUGAUAACAUUUGGUUGCGCCUUUCAUCACGCUGGACUAACAAGCGAAGAGCGCGACAUUAUCGAAGGCAGUUUUAAGUCAUGUGUUUUAAAAAUAAUAGUGGCGACCAGUACGCUUAGCUCUGGCGUUAAUCUACCAGCACGACGUGUACUGAUACGUACUCCGCUCUUUGGCGGCAAACAAAUGAGCUCACUUACUUACCGGCAGAUGAUCGGACGCGCAGGUCGCACGGGCAAGGAUACCUUGGGUGAGUCCAUUUUAAUUUGCACGCCAGCCAAUGCACGUACUGGGCAAGACUUGGUUCAAGCCGAUUUGAAGCCAAUCUACUCUUGCCUGGAGCAAGAAAGUAGUACACAUCUUAAACGCGCAUUGCUCGAGGUUAUUUCAUCCGGUGUGGCAAUAACUAAGGACGACAUCGACAACUUCGUCAACUGCACUCUUUUAAGCGCAGAAAAACAGCUCAACGAGCAAGGAAAGGAUAAUAGUGAUGGUGGUGAUGAGCUGUUCAUAACCGACGCCUUGGAUUUUCUAAAGGAAUAUGAAUUUGUGCGGCUGCAAGUUGACAGCGAUACAAAAAGAGAGAGCUAUGUUGCGACCCGUUUAGGCCAAGCAUGUUUAGCUGCCUCCAUGCCGCCCACAGACGGCCUCAUUCUCUUCGCUGAGCUGCAGAAAUCUCGUCGCUGCUUUGUGCUUGAAUCGGAACUUCACGCUGUAUACUUGGUCACGCCCUAUUCGGUAUGCUACCAACUGCAGGACCUGGAUUGGUUGCUCUUUCUCGAUAUGUGGGAAAAGCUAACGCCAGCUAUGAAAAAGGUCGGAGAAUUGGUUGGUGUGAAGGAGUCUUUUCUGGUGCGCGCUAUGCGUGGACAGUCGAAAUUGGACUACAAACUCAUGCAAAUACACAAGAGAUUCUACACCGCACUGGCGCUGCAAGAGCUCGUCAAUGAGGUGCCAAUCAAUAUCGUUGCAGCCAAAUAUAAAUGCACACGCGGCAUGCUGCAGAGCCUACAGCAGAUGUCGUCCACUUUUGCAGGCAUUGUCACCGCUUUUUGCAACUCACUGCAGUGGCCCACCUUAUCCUUGGUUGUUGCUCAAUUUAAGGAACGUCUCUUUUUUGGAAUACAUCGGGACUUGAUUGAUUUGAUGCGCCUGCCAGAUCUCAACCACAAACGGGCCCGCGCACUUUUUGAUGCGGGCAUAACCGGCCUUGUUGAGCUGGCAAAUGCUGAUGUUCUCGACGUAGAAAAAGUUUUAUAUAAUGCACUGAGCUUCGAUUCAGCCAAACAGCAUGAUAAUGAAGCAGACUAUGAAACAGCACAGCGCAAUCAAGCUCGAGAAUUUUUCAUAACUGGAAAACUAGGUUUGACGGUAGCAGAAGGUGCAAAGUUAUUGGUGGAAGAGGCACGUACAUUCGUGCAGUAUGAAAUUGGCGUUGGUGCAAUCAAGUGGACGCAAGAAGAUGCAACUAGCAGGGGCUCUAUGGACAGCUUACAUAUUUCUUGUGAAGAGAACGCCAAGGAGCAUGGAGUCAAGCGCAAAAGUACUGAGAUUUAUGCCAAAGGCGUUUCUGAGGUGACGCAGCCAAAAGUGGGAAGAGUGGGGAUGGACGUUGAACGGGAUUUAAAUGACGAAAAGCCGUCGACAAGUAAAGAAGCUUUUCGUGAUUUGAGACAACGACAGACUAAAGAAACAGAAAAUAAGGAAAAGGUUCUGAAAGAGCAAAACAAGCAGCUCGUUCUGAAGUCUGCUUCAAUAGUAAUCUCUAGCAAGCGGUCUUCUUCCGAGUUGGGUAAAAUAAUACCUAAAACAAACGAAGAGGUUAAUACGAAAGCAAAGGAAGUAACAGAUGGAACAGUUGCUCAGAUCCAAAACGGUUUAUUUGUCCCGCCACAUAUUGCCAAAAAAUCCAAUGCAGGAUAUAAUAAAGAGAAUACCAAGGCUGGAGCCGAGCCCAAAGAACUCGUACCUGAAGAAAAACGAGAAAUUUUACAAGCUGUUAAGACUAAUAAAUCAAAACCACUUGAAAAUGUGGCUAAAAAUGAAGCGCAGAAGUCUUUGGGAGCCUACCCUAAAGUUGUAAAACCGAAAGAAAUCGCGCAGACAGUAAACACUGCACCACAUGCAUUACGCAAAUCUACCGAAAAGUCAAAAGGUACAAAGUCUGAUUCAAAUUUUACAUCCAAUGGGCGAAACAGUGGCAAAAGCAAUACGCCAAAAUCCGCUGCAACUUCGAAAAAUAGCCCACAAACAGUGCAACUACAAACUGUACCACGGCGUAGCCCGCGUAACCAUCAACUCCUCUCCAAUAACCAUACCCGCACACCGCCAGCUACGACUGCAUCUAAGGCUGCCAAUAAUAAAACGCGACACCUUGACGAAUCACUCUUCUUAGCCGAGGACUCCUUCGAGCUAAAUACUGGCAUUAAAAAUGUGCUUGAUGCAGCAAAUCAAUUAAAUGGCAACGCGCCGCUGGCAUCACCCGCACCUGGCAAGUCAAAGGCCGACGAUGAAAUUCCAGAGUCACAGGAAAUUGUGCAAACAGUGGCCAAUUCUCCUGUGCCGGCGAAACACUCAGUACAUGCCUCACGACUGCUUCGCACAACACAACGGUUGAAAGCGCACAAAAGUAGGGUAACAAAAGACCAGAACAAUGAGUCGAACCCCUCAAGCUCGAUAGAAGUCUCAGAUUUAUCACUCGAGAAUUCGUUGCUCAAAAACCCUUUACAAUUGAAUGCGUCACACAUUUUAAAUUGCUCGAAGGUGGACACCGCCUCCACUAAUUUUAAACGCCUCGAGGUGGUUGAUAUCUGUGGCGAUCAGAAACUUUUCAACGCUGCGCUGCGCGAACUCAUGGAAGUCAAACGCUUUGGCUUCUGUGUUGGCUUGCAGCAGCAAGAAAAUAAGCGUAAACCGCUGAUCGGUGGCAAUUUGCUCCUAAAUCAGUGCGCAGAUGACGCCACGGAGGCUAAAGACUUUCAAAUCGAUGAUAACACAUUUCUGGCUGGCUGUGCUUUCGGCGUCGCGGACAAUAUAGUCUAUUAUAUGAAUAUGCAGGCGGAAGGCACGUGCAAGGAAGUGUCGGCGGAAAUGAAAUGCAAAUUCUUGCGUUCACUGUUGACCUCAAGCAAAUGUACCUUGCUGUGUGUGGAUGCAAAAGAGCAGCUGAAGGUCUUAAGUCGGGUGUUGGGUGAACAAAGCGAACUGAGGGUUCAGUUGGAGGAUCCCAAGGAGGCCAAUUGGCUGUUGCAACCGGACAAGUUCAUGAGUUUUCAACAGAUGACGCAGCAACUAGCGCCGGAAUGCACAGCGCUUACGAGCCUCUGCGGCAAUGGUCGUGGUUACGGUAGUCAUGGUCUAGAUACGGCUAGCGCCAUUUUGGCUAAGGUGAGAUGCUCAGUCGAGGCAUGUGUUACGGUGCACAUACUGAAAACCCAAAUAGAAAACCUGGAGCGUAUCGGUACCGGGCAGCUGUACAAAUUCUUCAAAGAACUCCAAAUGCCUCUGCAGAAUUCCCUUUGCAAUAUGGAGCUCAUCGGAUUUCCAGCAAAUGAAACGGCUUUGCGCAAGAUCUUCCAACAGAUGGUGGAAACGAUGAAAAAACUGGAGCUAAAAAUUUACGAAAUGCAUGGUGGCAAAUUCAACUUGGGCUCCUCAAGUGCUGUAGCGAAGGUGCUCGGUCUGCAUCGCAAAGCCAGCGGCCGCAUUAGUACUUCGCGACAAAUUCUGGAAAAAAUCGAUUCGCCCAUUUCCCAAGCAAUUAUUUCCUAUCGCAAAUUGAGCGCCACUUUGGCCAAAAAUAUUCAACCGCUUUUGAAAUGCGUGCGAAAAGACAGAAUACAUGGUCAAAGCAUCACCUACACACAAACGGGACGGAUUUCGAUGACCGAGCCAAAUUUGCAAAAUGUCGCCAAGGAUUUUGUGAUCGACUUUGGCGGUGUUGAAAAUGUUGUUAUAUCCUGUCGCAGCGCAUUUUUUCCAACGGAGAGUGGCCGCUGCUUGCUGUCAUCCGAUUUUUGUCAGCUUGAAAUGCGCAUACUUGCGCAUCUCUCACAGGAUCCGGCGUUGCUGAAAGUGAUGAAUACCGAGCGUGACAUUUUCACAGCAAUAGCAGCGCGUUGGCACAAGCUGGCAGAGAGUGAUGUUUCUCAGCAGUUGCGCGAUGGAACCAAACAAAUUUGUUAUGGCAUAGUUUAUGGCAUGGGAAUGCACAGUUUGGCUGACGCCUUAAAAUGCACCGAACAGGAAGCGAGCUCACUCUCGCAACAAUUUCACUUGGCGUAUCCUGGUAUAAGAGCAUAUACCGAUAAGGUAGUAAAAUUCGCACGCAACAAUGGUUAUAUCGAAACCAUCACCGGCCGUCGACGAUACCUGGAGCACAUAAAUAGUGGCGAGCCGCAGCAGAAAAAACAAGCUGAACGCCAAGCCAUCAAUUCGACAAUUCAAGGCUCUGCCGCCGACAUAGCCAAGAAUGCGAUUUUGCGCAUGGAGAAAAACAUCGAAAAGUAUCGUGAUAAAUUGGGCAUAACAAAGGCGAACGCCGUUCGCUUCGUCUUGCAUAUACAUGACGAAUUGGUGUUCGAAGUGCCCACAGAUAGAGCAAGGAAAGUUGCCAAAAUCUUGAGCCUAACUAUGGAGAAUUGUGUUAAGCUUAGUGUGCCACUUAAAGUGAAACUCAAAAUGGGCGAGAGUUGGGCUGAAUUGCAAGAAAUUAAGUUAUAACUUUGCAGUUAGUACAAGAUGUUGAUAUUUUAAAAAUUAUUUAAAUUAAUUAUUCACACAUUAAGACAUUACACAAUAUUUAUACAUUUUCAAUUGUAAUUUAUUCAAUAAACGCUCUACAAUAAUUGUAAA